AUAUUUGUACGUGCGGAAAAGUGUCCUUCGGUGGUGAAAUUCUCGAUUCCUCCCACCGCUGAUGCGUUCAUCAAACCGGUGAUCCGGACUGCUGGUCAUCAUACGUCCUGCUAGACGUCCGGAGCAAGAUGGCGACCCAUCAUCUGUACGGGGCGCUCAUUGCGCUGGUGUGCGUACUGUGCUACCACAACAGUCUCAACUGUGGCUUCGUAUUCGACGACAUCAGUGCGAUCAAGGAGAAUCGUGACCUGCGACCUCACUCGUCGAUCAAGAACGUGUUUCUCAACGAUUUCUGGGGUACUCCGAUGCACAAGGAACAGAGUCAUAAAUCAUAUCGACCGCUGUGUGUCCUAACGUUCCGGUGGAACUAUCUGCUGCACGGUCUCGAACCGGCCGGCUAUCAUCUGGUCAACGUGCUGCUGCACACGAUCGUUUCGCUGAUGUACUUCCGAAUGUGCGCCAUGCUGCUUUCGGAGUCGGCCAGCUUUGCGGCUGCCCUACUUUUUGCCGUGCAUCCUAUCCACACCGAGGCGGUGACCGGUGUCGUCGGACGGGCGGAAACACUCUCGUCGGUGUUUUUCCUGGCAGCGUUCAUUUUCUAUACCAAGGCGACCAGGCGGAAAAAAUCCACAGGCUGGCGCUUCCUAUGCCUUUCCAUGCUGUUCGUCGCGACGGCUAUGCUGUGCAAGGAGCAGGGCAUCACCAUAACAGGCGUGUGUGCAAUCUACGAAAUCUUCGUUGCCCAGAAGAUUCGACUCGGUGACAUCUACCAUCUGGCACGUUCGAUGAUGAGCGGGAAAACGUUCGCCCUACCGACGGGCUGGUGGCCGCACGAAGCCUCCCGCCGACUGGCCGUCCUGUGCGUUACCACCGUGGCGCUCCUGUUUGCUCGGCUACAGAUCAUGGGCUCCCAGCUGCCCGUUUUUACCAGAUUCGACAAUCCGGCCUCCGUUGCAGUAACCCCAGCCCGGCAAUUGUCGUACAACUAUCUUGUGUCGGUUAACCUGUGGCUGUUACUGUUUCCUUGCGAUCUGUGCUGCGACUGGACGAUGGGAACCGUCCCAUUGGUCGAAUCAUUUACGGACCCACGCAAUCUAGCCACACUCGGCGCGUACGGCAUGAUUGCCGUGUUGGCCUGGGUUGCCUUCAUCGAAAACCAUCGCCAAAAGUCUGCCGUGGUUGUAAUGGGACUGGCAUUCAUGAUACUUCCCUUUCUACCCGCCUCGAACCUCUUCUUCCCUGUGGGGUUCGUAAUUGCCGAGCGUGUCCUCUACAUGCCCUCGAUGGGUUUCUGCAUUCUCGUUGGAUACGGGUUCCAUCUGCUUUCCGAGCGUUGGUCACGCAAAAUGACUUGGUGCUGUCUGGGCGUGCUGCUGCUCACGCACUCCAUCAAGACGUACAAUCGGAACGCGGACUGGGAAUCGGAGUACUCGAUCUUUAUGUCCGGGCUGAAGGUGAACCAGCGCAACGCGAAACUGUUCAACAACGUCGGCCAUGCGCUCGAGAGUGAGGGUCGGUUUGAGGAAGCGCUUCAGUUCUUCCACAAGGCGGUCAGCGUACAGGAAGAUGAUGUCGGUGCGCACAUUAAUGUCGGUCGGACGUACAACCAUCUGAAGAUGUUUAAGGAGGCCGAACAGGCCUACCUGAAGGCGAAGUCAUUGCUACCGAAAGCGAAGCCGGGCGAAUCGUACCAGGCUCGUAUCGCGCCGAACCAUUUGAACGUGUUUCUGAAUCUCGCGAACCUCAUCUCGAAGAAUGCCACACGGCUGGAAGAGGCAGACCUGCUCUAUCGGCAGGCGAUCAGUAUGCGUUCGGAUUAUACGCAGGCGUACAUCAAUCGUGGUGAUAUUCUGAUAAAACUGAACCGCACUAAGGAGGCGCAGGAGGUGUACGAACGGGCGCUUCUGUACGAUAGCACUAAUCCGGACAUUUACUACAACCUUGGAGUCGUAUUUUUGGAGCAAGGAAAGGCGUCACAAGCACUGGCGUAUCUAGACAAAGCGCUUGAGUUUGAUCCCGAGCACGAGCAAGCACUUCUUAAUUCGGCCAUUCUCCUCCAGGAGUUGGGUCGUCCGGAACUGCGUAAAAUUGCUCGUGAACGUUUGCUGAAGCUGCUAGCUAAAGAUGAAUCCAACGAACGGGUCCAUUUCAAUCUGGGCAUGCUAGCAAUGGACGAUCGCAACACGGACGAAGCGGAAAAUUGGUUCCGACGUGCAGUACACCUUAAGCAGGACUUCCGAAGUGCGUUGUUCAAUCUGGCACUGUUGCUAGCCGACGAUCAUCGACCUCUGGAGGCGGCUCCCUUUCUCAAUCAACUCGUCAAAUAUCAUCCGGAUCACAUCAAAGGAUUGAUUCUGCUCGGUGACAUCUACAUCAACAACAUCAAGGAUCUGGAUGCGGCCGAAAAUUGCUACAAACGCAUACUACAGCUCGAUCCAAUCAACAUCCAGGGUUUGCACAAUCUGUGCGUCGUUUACGUUGAGCGGGGCAAGCUGCUACAAGCACAGGAUUGCCUUUCGCACGCACACGAACUAGCGCCCGGUGAGGAGUACAUCGGACGCCAUCUUCAAAUUGUGCAAACGCGCAUUAAUCGGCUGCGUCAAACGCCGGACGGUAGCCGUGAGAAGGAAAUCGCUUUCGCCGACUAUGACCCGCAAGAGUUUGGUGGUACCGCUGGUGCAGCACUAACGGGCAGUGGCAAUGUUGAGCUAUCGCUUAGUAAAAACCUUGUAAAUAGUAAUAGCGAGUUGACGGGCAGCAGUAGUAGUAGUAGUAGUCGUAGUGGUGGUCAGCAGCCCGACUUGCUGCGAGAAGACAUCGUCGAUGUUCCGUACGGCAACGAUAAUAAACAGAAAACAGUAUUACCUCACCAGCCGCUGGAGCAACCGCAGCAGCAGCAGCAGGCUGGCCCGAUUCCAGCGGAUGGCGAUCCGGUUUUUCUCGAAUCGUCGGAAAGCACAAACAAUCUACAAAGUUAUGGUGCAGCUCCAACAAUCGAUAGCAUAGCGCACAAAGCGAAGUAUCGGGCCGAGGAUGGUAGCAGCAGCAAGCCGCUUGCCGCUAAUGUCUAUCGGGAUGAGGUGGGAUCGGUGUCGAGAGACGUCAACCAUCCGUCCGAUGGUUCCCUUAAUCAUGCAUCGCCCCCACAUCUUCAUCGACCGGAGGCGGACAGGAUUGGACAGGAUCUGGACGAUCCGUCUUCCGGGAUGUCAUAGCACCACAUACUGGACUACAAGCUAGACUGUUUCAAAAUCAACUAGGAAU